CUGCAAAUUAAUUAUUGCUUGCGCUAAUGACGUUCCGCGCUCGCUGAGAAGCUUUACUUGGCAAGAUGUCCGUGGCGAAGACCAUGUCGCGGGCGCGGUCCUGGCUCUCCAACAAGAGCGAAGCGGGCGCCGCCGUCUCCGCCAAAGCCACGGACAUGUCGAUGGAGUUUGCCAUGCAGGACCCCGAGUCCGCCAUCUUCGACAGCACCGCUUCACGGAGCACCGCCAGGUUUGGAUUCCGCGGAUCUUUGCUGCUCUGUUUGAUCAUGUCGGUGUCAGUCUCCGCUGCUGCGGUACUUUUGUGGUCGGAGAUGGGCUGCGGUAAGACAUGCUUGGGCUUCUUGCAAGGGCAUAAGCUCUUGGCGCUGCUCUGCGCCGGGAUCUCCGCGUUUCUGCUGCUAACGCUUUAUUUACUUGACUUCUUCUUGCCACCACACUUGCCGGGUGAGUACUGCGCGUUGUACAAGGGGGACCGCUUCCUUGGACGAGGCAUUUUGUUCUCAGCAAUUGUGGCAAUGAUCUGUGCAACUUUUUUUCUGGCCAACACCUUUCCGACGGCACCGCUUGUGUUGACCAUUUUCCUGUCCCCUGCUCUUCUGAUUGCCGUGCGGCAGGUCACCAAGCCCCGGCCUCGCUUUGUACUGGGCAACGCCGGAAAAGAGGCGAGCUUGCAGGAGCGUUUGAGGAUGCUUAAGAUGGUGACUGGAGAGGAGAAGGAACAGUGCCUUUUCUAUCGCGCCGCCACACUGGCGUUCGUGGUGACGGCGCUGCUGUGUAUUGGCGUGUGGAUUCCCUGGGCAGCGACGACGGAGGUCCAAUUGACCGAAAGCAUGGACGCUGUGGAGCGAGAGAUGAUGUUCGUCCGCUGGGCCACGCCCUUGAUUGUGGGGAUCUCCAACUGCAUCUUCGCGAGCUUCACGGGGCUCAGGGUGGCCCUGGACCAGGCAUACGCCGGGACGGAUGACAACCGCGCACAGAUCAUCCUCAGCUCUCGUAGCCACAUGAACCGGGAGCUCAUGGAUCACCGCAUCGCCAUCCUGCGGGCACGCCUGGCUGCGGAGACCCCGGGCUCGCAGGUGCAAAAGACCAGGGACCGCGCGCAGCAGUACCUGAUACAGCACACCGCCCACAUGCGACAGCUCUCCAACAUUGUGAAGACAGUUGGCUGUGGCUUCAUCGCCCUUUUGGGCGCCCUCUACAUCGCCUUUCAACUCACUGCGGCAGACAGCCACAUCGCGGACAUGGUUCAGUGCUUCCUGGGCGCGUUUUUUCUGACUUUCGUCGCCUUCAUCUUUGUCUCCUUCGGGCGCUUGUGGCAAGCAAUGUCCAGCUGGCUGCAGGACCUUCCGCUCUGGAAGUCUGCGGUGGGUUUGUGCAAUGCCACCUGGGCGCGAGCCGCGCUGCUCUGCCUAGUGCUACCGCUGCUGCCGGCAGCGGUGCUUUUGUCUGCGGUCAACCAGUUGGUGCGUUGCGCGCGCGGCCUGCGCGCGGAGACGGACCGGCGGUGCCUGACGGAGCGCAUGCACGGGCUCUUUGUGGCAGCUGCUGGCUGGGAGUGGGUGUCGCUGGCCUCCUGGGCUUACAUCAUGGCAGUUGUCAUGAUGCUGUACAAGGUGAUCCCGCUGUUCAUCAACGUCUUGUUGGCAUGGCUCAACUCCGUGGUCGAAAAUUUGCCCUUCGCCGGGAUCCUGGGCUUCACCUACGCCGCCGGCAUGGUGUUGUUCAUGCUCCCGCCGGUGCCCGGGCCUCCAAUCUAUCUUUUUGGCGGCUUGGUCAUCUCCAAGCACUGCCCCUAUGGCUUCUGGUGGGGAUGCGGGAUUUGCAUCCUUCUUUGCAUGGUAUUAAAGCUUACAGCCUGCGCUAUCCAGCAGAAAAUCAUCGGGGAGAUUUUGGGGAACCGCCAAUGGAUCCGUCACGCAGUCGGGGUUCAUAGGCCAUUCAUGCGCGCCAUCGAGCAGGUCCUCCGAAGGCCAGGGCUCUGCUUCGGCAAGUGCAUGAUCCUUUGCGGCGGGCCGGACUGGCCAACGUCAGUGCUGGCUGGAAUUCUUCGCCUCUCUCUUCUACAAUGCACCAUAGGCACUUUGCCUGUGAUCCUUUCGCUCAUCCCUUUGGCGCUCACGGGUAGCUUCUACCUGCGCCGGGAUGAGAGCGAGGUGUGGGCGCGAGCUGGCAAUCUUAUGUUCUCCCUCACGGCGCUGGUGUCCGUGACCUUUUGGGCAGGCAUGGGAUGGGCCAUCCAGGACACCUUUGACAAGUACAAUGACCAGCUGAACGCACCAAAGGUGGAGUUCGUAGACCUGGACUGGCUGGACCACUGUUCAGACCGCAUCCGAGAGAAGUGCCAGCUGAAACGGUCAGACCUACCACGCUGCAUUGCGUUUUUCCACUUCGGUGGCUCCUUUCUCAUGGUCGCAGUGGCCCAGUUCUUCUUCUGGCGUGCAGACAACUGCUUCGGCAGCUUUAAGGUCACGGACGAUAUCGGGGAUCUUCACUGGUGGCCCUGGACGGGGAAUCCGAAAAGCGCCAUGGUCAAGCUCCCGGGCCUGGCGGGCCUUGCGCUGGUCUGCGUGGCGCUGCUCUUUCUGAUGGUCUCGCGGUCCUGGCGCGCCAGGCACAACCGGAAAGCCUCCCAAGAGAUGUGGGCCAUGCUGGCGUCGGAGGAAGAGGGGUGGAAGGCCGCGCGGAUCGAGCAAGCCCAGAGCUGGGUUCCGCCGCGCAGCGCUUCCUGUUCGCCGGUGAUCGGAGGUGCCUCGGCCAAGUCCUUGGGAGACGAUAGUGUGAAGAGCGGCGUCAAGAGCGCGGUGGUGUGCGCUAUGGAAGGUUUGGACUUGGAUACUCUCAACUCCACCGACACUGUCUUAGGUGUGGCAGUGCCCGACGAAGGUGACUUGAUGCUGAAGAUUCCUCAGUCCAUGGGCCAGCCGGCGUGGUUGAAGAAGGUCAGCCUCAGUGCAAAGCAGGAGCAGCAGCAGACGCAGGAUGACGCGAAGCGUGCCAGGCCUGCAGAAGGCUUUUCAAGCGUAAGCACUUCCAUCGCCUUGUGAGGGCCCGUGGGUGUACAAACCAUCUACGAUGUACAGAGGACGUUUCACGCAGCGCACCAAUUGGUUGCAAUGGCGCUUAUUUCCCCCGUGUUUUUUGCUUGAGCAUGCGACUGGAAGCCACGGGCAUGGCAAGUUGCACCCGGGCCUUGUGUCA